AUGGGGGUGUUGUGUUGGACAUCAGAAGCCUGCAGAAAAUUGGACAAGGACGACUUACUUGAAGAUCUGAAAUGCGAAUUUUCAACGAUCACUGGCUUCUGGCCGGCGUGCUUCCGGCUUUACGCGGAGAAAGUCUUCGAAUCAUGUGAUCGGACAUCUGCAUUCAUAAGCAUCCUAGGCACAGCACAAGAUGGCGCUACACUUACAGUGCUAGGAAGCUCUGGCCCAGGGGCGUGCGCUGCACCCCCUGGUCGAGUCCUACCCUCGCCAUGGCAGAGCCAGGGGCAGGGCCUGACCACCGACGAGAGACGCGGCUAUCCCAGGAUAGCUGCGGCCGCUUCCGACGGCCCCUCUACAGUCUCUCGGAAGCGCCUGCCAACCCUUUUCUGGAAGAGUGGCAGCCAGCUUCACCUUCCUUACGAGUGGCACCAGCUUCUUGGCCAGACUCUUUUCCCCGGCAGCCCGACGUUGCAUGCCCAGUUGGAGCCUCUGGUGCUGUGCGGGCGACCGGUGGGGGCGCUGCUGCUGGUCGGCUACGGGGACCUGCGGCUGCGCUCCUCGCCCUCCGCAGCGCCCCUCGCAGCCCGGGGCAAGGAAGCGGGAGAGAAGACGCAGGGCGCCACGUCAGCAGCAGCCGCCCUGCUGCGCCGGCUGGUGCGGAAGAAGUCGUUCCCGCAGGGUCCUAAGGGCUCGGCUGCGGUUGUGAUGGGCCCUGCACCGCCGUGUGGCAAGGCCGGGGCCGCCACCACCACGCGGCCUGUUUCCCCCGCGGUGUUGCGGGGGCUGGCCAGCUCGCUGGCCCAGCUGGCGUUUGGCCCGCACCUGCAGUCCGUGUCCAGGAUUUGCUCCGCGACCCAAGCCCUGAACGCCGCCUCGUCCCUCUACGAAUUCGCCUCCGUACUUUCGUACACCCUCACUGAGGCCCUGGCGGCGGAGCUUCACGUCAACCUCACCGUACGAGUGGCCGUCGUACCGCCCAUGAACGGCCAGCACGGCUACCUGCUGCCGCUGGAGUCUGCUCACGCAUUUGCCGUGGGCUCUUCCUUACCCCCUGCAUCCGCGGGAUCCACGGCCGUAGGGGAACUGUUCCACAAGCGCGCAGAAACCCCCUCGGGGGCUGCUGCGGGAGGUUCUUGUGCUUCCCCUCGUGCAACGGCUAUUCCCCGCACCCCUAGUGGCCGGGAGGAUAGUUUCUCGGGUUUGUCGCCGUACUCUCCGUACUCGGCACCUAAUCUCGUACUUUCGGGCCCUGCGGGCGGGGCCGCAUCGCCACGUGCUGGCAACGAAGGAAAGGCCGCGCCGUUCGCACUGCCCUCCUCUCUCCUGCUACAGCUUCUACGACCCAUGGGUCUUCGCGCCGGCAACGCCUCCACCGCGUCUUCCGUACACGCCGGCUGCUUCUUCCAGCAGGCAGUGCCGCCGCCACCGCCGACCACGACAACCGACGAGCCCACCGUGCGCAGCAUCGUGACCAAGGCGUAUGACAGUACGACACCAUACUGCAACGACUUCCAGCAUGGCGAUUUAUUGAGCAGCGGCAGCAUUCUUGCCAGCGCGCGAGAAUCCAAUUUGCAAGUACACCUGAGUGCAGCCAGCGUCAGCGGUGCCGCCGCCGCGCCUGCGACACGCGGCUGCGCCUGCGCCGCCGCCGCCGCCACGACCGCCACGGCCACUUCCGUUUCCGGCAUGGUUAUUUCCAAUCUCCACGCGUGGAUGCAGGACGUGGAGCGCCCCUCCUCGGACGUGGCCGUGUUGAUGAUGGCGGCGGCGCGGGGCCGGGGGACUCAGACGGGACCUGGGCGGCCGUCGCAAGGGGGGGCAGGGGGAGGGGUGCCGGGGGGGGGGCCCGCGUGUCUGGUGGCGGUGGCGGGAUGUGUACCGCCGCGGCCGACGGCCGCCGUACCUGGGAUCGCCGUCACCGCCAACGCUAAUGGAAGCAUGCAUACAGCUCGCUUGGCAAAGCCAGGACGAAGGUCGGCAGAAUGGGUACAGAAUUUGGAGGCUUCGAUGCGCGGCGGCGUCGCCGUCGACCUGUCGAUACGGUACGGCGCCGGGGACGGCGGCGGCAGUGUUCGGUACGACAACGGCGGCGGCGGUGGGGGCUGUGGCGCUUGCGUUGCCUUGUACAUCACGGCCCAGGAGCGGCUUCCCACUUCGCUGUUGAGGGUGAUCAAGGAGCGGGCGACGGGCCUGUUGGAGGUCAAGGUGAUCGAGCCCCCCCCUGAUGUGGACGUGGAAGCUCUUGCGGGUAUGCAGCCGCGGGGGGACUCGGGCGCAACCCGCGGCGCGGUAGGGGGCGGGUCGGGGAGUGAGCGGCAGGAGAGGGCGGGAGAGGAGGCCGAGGAGGAGCGCCUGGCAGAGCUGGCAACCGCUGUACGGCAGGCGCAGAUGCGGGAGCUGGUCCGCAGCGCCCGAGAAUGUGCCGUACUGACCACGCUGAGUCAUCCUUCCAUCGUCCAGCUCUCCCAUCCCAUCAAGUCAAUCGGCUGCGAGCGCCCCCUCGCAGCGGCUGUGACCACCCCCGCCCUCCGUGGCGGGGAGGCGACUGGUGGGUUUAGGGUUGUGCCGCUUGGAGAGGGCGGGGAGGCGACUGGGCCUCUUCAUUCGGUCCUCAUCAUGGAGCGUUGCGACCUGGGCUCUCUUGCCGAUGCCCUGGACAACGGCAUGUUCAAGAAGGCCAUUAUCGCGACAGCCAAGAGCCACAAUGCCGCCCUCACACUCGCGGCACCGGCGGCCAAUGGUGGUGGCGGCAGCGCCAUGCAAGCCAUCUACCUGACUUUGUUAGAGCUGGCUCUGGCGCUGAGGCACCUGCACGCCAUGAACCUUGUUCACUGCGACGUCAAGGUUGCCAACGUACUGCUCAAGUCGUCCUCCAGCGACCCACGGGGCUUCACGUGCAAGCUGUCCGACUUCGGGCUGGUCAACUUGCUGCGGACGGAGAGGGAGGAGGAGGGCGGAGCGGAGCAGGACGCCGAGCAGCAAGAGCCGGAGGGGCAUGCCGGCAGGGAGGGCAGGAGGGCGGGUGGGGGCGCCUCGGCAAGUGGUGGAAGUGGAGGCAGCACGGCGGCGACGAGGCCGAGCUCGAGUGGACACCGGCCGUGGAUGCGAAAUGCAGAUGCGGCGGGCACGGUCACCCAUUUGGCACCCGAGUGCUUUGAACCAGAUCGCAAGCUGGAUGCGUCAGUGGACAUUUACGCGUUCGGCAUCGUGAUGUGGGAGGUCUUCACACGCAAGCCACCCUAUGCGGAGUUCGCACCCAACUUUGAGGACUUGCCCGCACUCGUAGCGGAGGGACUGCGGCCCCGUUUCCCCUCCCACUGCCCCCAUCACUACAGGGCCCUCGCACACGCUUGCUGGUCGGCCGAUCCCUUGCAGCGCCCCAACGCAGCGGCCGUAGUGGCUUGCCUACAGGGGUUGCUGGAAGGGGGGCUCAACGGCAGCGGAGGAGGAGCUUGUGGUUUCGGGGCCAUGGAGAAGCACCGGUCACCGCGGUCGCUGCCGCUGCUGCAGCCCACCUGCGCAUGA